AUGGUGGUGAUCACUAAAGUGGCAUUUCGUCAAGGAAUGAGUCCUUAUGUUUUUGUGACCUACAGACAGGUUUCAGCCACCAUUGCCAUUGCUCCAUUUGCUUACUUCUUAGAAAGAGUGCCACUCACUCAAAAUCUCUAUUUCGUGGGCCUCUUUUUCACCUCUUCUACCUUUGCUGCCACGUUAAUGAAUCUCAUCCCCGUCUUUACGUUCCUAAUGGCGUAUUUCCUUGGGAUGGAGAAAGUCAACAUAAGGAGUUUAAGGGGACAAGCAAAAAUUUUUGGUACAGUCAUAUGUGUUGGAGGUGCUAUGCUUAUGACAUUAAUCAAGGGCCCAUCCAUUCAUUUCUUUGAUUUUCUUAAAACGUCUACCUCUCUUUCCGAGGCUUUGGGUACAUCAUCAGCUGCUCCAGCAGCAAGAGAUAAUUGGAUAUUAGGGCCAUUUUUGCUUAUAUUAAGUGUUAUAGCAUACGCCUCAUGGGUGGUUUACCAGGCAUGGGCAUUCAAGAAUUAUCCUGCUAAGAUGUCUGUGACGGCGAUGAUGUUGUUCAUCGGCGCAAUCCAGGCUGCUGUAGUUGGGGUUAUCUUUGAUAGGUCCUCUGCUUGGAGAUUAUACUGGAAUUUUGAGCUGUUUACAUAUGUUUAUAGUGGUGUCAUGUGCUCUGCUGUAGCAUUCAUUAUUUUGAGCUGGUGCAUCAAGAAGAGAGGCCCUGUCUUUCCAGCUGCAUUUACUCCAUUGUGUACGGUGUUCGUCGCAAUUUUGGAGCCAAUUGCACUUCAUGUCGAUAUUCACGUCGGAGGUGUUGUAGGUAUGUUUACGGUUAUUGCUGGUCUUUAUGCCGUUUUAUGGGGCAAGGCCAAAGAUGGCAAAACCGAUAACGAAAUAGCCGACAAUUGUAAGGAAUGCAGUUUGGACAACAAAGAUACAGAAAGCAAAGAACAAGUAAACAUCGCCCACAGUGCAAAGGAAUUCAAUUUGGAUGUCAAAGACAUGGAAGGAAAGGAGUACGUGGUCGAGGUAAAGGAAUUGGAUCAGUGA